CAUUGACAUUACACUAGUAUUUUUUUAUUAUAAUUAUUAAUUGUCGUGUUAAUGUUAUUUAUAAUUAUAAUAUAUUAUUUUAUUUUAUUGAUUAUUUUUCAUUAAAUAUUAUUGUGAUAUCCGUACAAGAUUAUAGUAUUAGUAUUAUAAGAUAUUUUUUUUUUUUUGAUUCCAUUAUUGUACAAAAAUAAGUUCAAUUGUUUUUAAAAUGGCUUCAGCAGAUCCAAUGGGUCUCACUAAAACAUGGGAACUUUCACUGUAUGAAUUACACAGAUCUCCUCAAGAAGCUAUUACAGAUAACACAGAAAUUGCUGUAUCCCCACGAAGUCUUCAUAGUGAGCUGAUGUGCCCUAUAUGUUUGGAUAUGCUGAAGAAAACAAUGACAACAAAAGAGUGUCUUCAUAGGUAUUAUACUAUAUUAUAAUACUGUGGGAAUGCAAUUAAGUAAUAUUUUAAUUAUGGUUUUUUUAUUUUUUAGGUUUUGUUCAGACUGUAUUGUAACUGCUCUUCGCUCAGGCAAUAAAGAAUGCCCCACUUGUCGUAAGAAAUUAGUAUCCAAACGAUCUCUACGCCCUGAUCCAAAUUUUGAUCUUCUCAUAUCUAAAAUUUAUCCCAGCCGUGAUGAAUAUGAAGCACAUCAAACAAGAGUAUUGGAAAAGUUAAAUAAGAGCCACAGUCAAGCUAAUUUAGUACAUUCAAUAAAUGAAGGUAUUAAAUUGCAAACACAAAAUCGUUUGCAAAGAACUAAAAAGAAUCUAAAUGAAGAUCAAAAUGAAAGUAGUACAUCAACUACUACUCCAAAACCUUCAAAUUCGAAUAGUUCAAGUCAGAGUAAAGAUAAUAUAACUAGAACAAUGGUACAAACAAAAAUAGCAAAGAAAAUGAAGUCUGUUAUGAUCUCAGAAAAAGAAGGCCCAGCUUCGACUGUUGAUACAUCAGAUAUCACAGAAUGUGAUGGUACAUCAAAAGCUGUAUCAGUAGAUGAAAUAGAAUUAGUGUUCAAACCUCAUCCUACAGAAAUGGCUAGUGAUAAUCAGUUAAUAAGAGUUUUGAAAGAAAAUUCUGUACGUUAUAUAAAAACAACAGCUAAUGCUACUGGUAAGUUUUCUAAAACAAAUAUUCAAUAUUCCUUAUAAUUUUCACCAUUUUGAGAAUUGGAAAAUUUUAUAUGUGUUUUAAAUUAAUUUCCAACUUUUCAAAUUGUAUAUUUAGUUAAUGUGUGAUCUGAUAUUUUUUUUACAAAAGCAAAUAGAUUACAAAUUUGAAACCUUAACUGAUGGUGAGGGUUAUUAUUUAGGGAUAAUGGUAAAAUGUUUAAUACAAAUCUAAAAUAUAAAGAUAUUUUAGUAUUUUACUGUCAUGAUAAUAUAGUGGAACCUUGCUAUCUCAAAGUUUCUGUAUGUUGACAUUUUUUUUUAUUCCGGACCAUUUAGUAUUGUAUAUAAUUCUCUCGGUAACUUGAAGUUUCAAUAUUUCAAUAAUAAUAAUUGUAUUCCACUAUUAUUAUUAUAUAUUAUAUAUUAUUGUUUCAAAUUAUAAUUUUUUUUUUUUUCAGUUGAACAUUUGAGCAAGUAUUUAGCCAUGCGAUUAACUUUAGAUCUUGGCUCAGAACUUCCAGAACGCGCUCUCAGUUUUUUAAUUUAUGUAGCUCCAACUGCAGAUCAGUUUGUUCCUCUCAGUGGUAAUCAAACACUUCGCAACGUAAAUGAUAAGUAUUCAAAAAUUAAUAAACCACUGGAAAUGUUUUACUCUUUCACUUAAUACUUUUGGAUAAAUUAUGAACAAGUUAAUGUAUUUUAACUUAUAUUAUUAUAAAAAUGGUAAAUUAAUUUACCACACAAUUUGAAAUUAGAUAAUUUUUUUAAUUUUGACUUCAGUAUUUUUUUUUUCCAAAAUAACUAAAUUUUAUUUUAAAUAAAUUGAUAUUAAGUAGAUAUGUUAAGACAUUUUUCAAACAGUCUCAUUUAUUAUUAUUUUUUAUAUUUAUAUACCUACUUAGUUUUUUUCUUAUUUAUUAUAAAUAAUAAAUAAAAUAAUAUUUAAAUAAGUCGUUUAUUAUAUAUACCGGGUGAUUCUUUUAUCGUUAAACACUCACUAUUUUGAAAGUAUUUACUAUUUUUGAGAUUUGUUUUGAAAACUGAAUUUCUGUUCACUUCUGUGGUGGUACGGCGCGCGGCGUUUUAAUAACGCACCAAGUCUUUCCUCUUAGCCAAACUUAAAAAUGGAAAUAUCUUGUCGAUGGAUUGACAGAAAUUACAAAUUUCAGCACUAAAAUUUAUUUUAACUAAUAUUCUAUUUAUUUAUGGUAUUUUUAUUAUAUGUUGCUAUUUGAAAAUCUAAAGUAGGUAGCCGUUUCACUCCCAAAAAUUAGGGCGACAAAAAAUAAUGUAAAUGUAAAAUUGUAAAGCUUUUUGUUUCUUGUAUUUUCUUUAAAACAGAUUACAAAAAAAGUUAAUAUUCUUCAAGAUAAUGAGUGUUUAACGAUUAAAGAAUCACCCGGUUUGUAUAAACAGUCAACUUCCGCUAACGGUCAUUUUUUGUGGUCAAGUGUUAUGUUUAAGGCCCAGAAUUAUAUGCACUAAAAACAUACAAAAUAUGCAUGCAUUUAUGCAUCGAUUAUCAUUCAAAUAUACAAACAAAAAUGAUUAAAACAACUAAUCCCGACUGAAUUAUCUUUAUCUAGAAGUGAUUAUCUAAUAUAAGAAAACAAAUGGAUUUGAAACACUUAGAUAUAAUGCAAUGAAAAAUUGUAGAAUACAGAAAUAUGCAAAAUAAAAUGUUGUAUUUCGGAUCUAUUAACUAUAAUUCAAACUUGUAGAUUAUCUAGCUACUUUUUGGACCGAUAAAAAAAACAUGCAAAUGCAUAUAAAUUCGAGCCCUAGUUAUGUUUUUAUAAGAUACCACUAAAUAGCGGUCAUUUUUUUCAGUCCCUUCAGUGACCGUUAUAUGGAAGUUGUAGUGUAUAUACCUAUAUAAUACUGAUGUACUGAUGUAUCUUAGUUUAUUUGAUUGUGGUUUUUUAACUAAUACUGUUUUCAUGUUAUUAUUAUCCAUUAUAGCCAGUAGUGUAAUCAAAGGGGUUUUGGGUGUUUUAGCAUCUCAUUACUUUUUAGCUAUGGUUAAGAUGAUUGUAGACCUCUAUACCCCACAGAUAAAUUCUAACUGUAUCACUAAUUAUAGCUGUCCCACAGAGCUUUUUUUUGUGCACAAUUUAAAAAAAAAAAAAAAUGUGUCUUCAUCAUAAUUGUUGCCUGGUAAUUAAUUUUUUCAUUCCUACCCGUAAAAAUUAAAUCAACCAAUAAAUACCAAAAGAAAUUGAAUUUCAGAAAUCAGCUUUGGGAUGCAUAAGAACCCAUUCAUCCCUUCCGUAAGCACAUUUUCAAACCUCUAUGUAAGAUUCAGCUAUCAAUCAACAGACACUUCCUUUUAUUAAUGUAAGUUAUACAUUAACUAUAGUCGAGUAAAAAGUAGAAUACUUGUGGGAAUAGGAGUGUUGUGUUAAGUUGUAUACCCUGCUGUAAGUAAAAAAAAAAAUAUAAUAAAAUUCACUCAACUCUUUAUCAAACUCUCUGAAAGAUAGAAACUUAUAUCUGUAUAUUCAAUUUCCUGUUUUCACAGGCAACCUUGUGUAUGAAAUACUCCUACAGGCUAAAUCUGGCAAUCAUUACUAUUUAAGUUUGUAAAAAAUUAAAUAUUGUAACAGUGACAUGUUGGUCCAAGGAAAAUUGUUACCAACAAUUGCAAAUAAAAUUAAAUAAAUAUCUCGCAAACUAAAUAAAAUUCACUACCAAAAAUCAUUCCUAUUUUUGAUCAUUGGGACAAGAUUUUUAAUCACUGAAAAGUUGUUUAUAUGAACAAUACAUCAUAUUAAAACCAAUUAAUUGCCUCCCCUCUUUCAGAAUCUAUGUAAGGCUGUGCACAAUUUCAGAACCACUGAAUUAGAAAAAUGCAUGCAACCUAUUAAUAAAAAUAAGUUUUAGAUAGUUAUAUAACUUCUAAAUGUACUUAGAAUAUUAAUAUUGCUAUUAAUAUAGUAAAUUUUCCAGAGAAUAUUUAAUGAAACUUAAAAUUUCAUAAAAAUAAACUAAAGACAAAUGGUAGCAACUGUUCACAUUUUAAUUAUUUUAUAUUCUACUUAGAAUUAUGGUAUUUAUGUAAUAAUAUAAAAUUAAAAUUAAAUAUUAUAAAACUAAUACAAUGUGUUUUUAUUUAAAACUACACUAGAUCACUUCCCAAAACUUUUCUUAAUUUUGAACUAUUCAAAAUAAUUGAAUCAUUAUUUAUAAUAAUUUUGAAUAUUCUUUUAUUUCCAUUCACUUUAAUUUUGUUGUUUAACAGAUCUAAUUUAGAAUAUUUGAUUGGUUCUAUAUCUUCAAUAUCACAAUAUAGCUCUGCACGAUCUCCCCAAUAUGAUACAUAGGACAUCCGACACUUUUGUUCAUCUGGACUUAUGUACACAUAAACCACAAGAUUAUUUGAUAAAAACAUAGUCACUAAAUGUAAACCAGCUGUAAUACCAAAACCUGAAAAUAUUCAAAUUAUUAAAUCUGAAUAAAAAUUAUUAAUGGUACUUACCUAUUAAAGACGCACAAAUAACUUCAGGAAAAUUCAAAAAAUCAAUCAUAUUUAAACCAAAACAUAUAGGAAUUAAGCAAAAUGUCCCUAUUGUUUGAUAUUUUUUCAAUUUAUUUGAACCAAUAAAUAUUGGCAUGUGCGGAGUUCUAGAAUGAUAAAAUUAAAAAUUAAUUAUAACAUUAAUCCAAAUUAUUUCAUUAUAUUGUAUACGUUUAAAACCAGAAUGAUGUCUAAAAUACUAUUGUAUUUUUAAUACCUACCAACUAGAUAUAAUUUAUAAAUAAUGUAAUAACAUAUAAUCUUACUUAAAUAUAGGAAUAAAAUCUUUACUGUUAGUAUUGUGAUGAUCAACUUUCUUCAUUUGUGUACACAUGAGAUUGCAAGUUUUGAUCAUAAAACUUCUUUUGAUAUUAUUUAAAAAUAUUGUGUUUAUAUGUUUUGAUACUAACAUUUUAUCUACUUUUCAAUUUAUACUUAUAAUUGUAAAUUAUUUAUUAUGACUAAGAAACAAAUUGGUCACAAAUUUAAAAAGUAACAAUAAAUUUGUAACUCUGAAAACUUAUUUUAAAAUGUUUAGGAUUUUGAAAUCGUUAAAGUAUAAACUAUGUAUUAUUUUAGUUUUGUCAGUAAUAUUUUAAAAUAUAACAUCAAAAUGAAAAUAAUGAAGUACAGAAAAUAAAUAAUUUAAUAUCUUAUCUUUAUGUUGAUAGUCAUAGAUAACAAUAUCUAUGUUGAUAUUUGGGUAGUGGCAAGCUGGUGUAUUAAUAUACUUUGGAUAGAAGACAGUUGUUCGAAAAAUGAUAAAUAUGAACAUGGUUGCCACCAAACAUAGAAGUCGGGGAUUUUUUUCUGGAAUUCAAAAAAAAAAAAUUUUCUUAGCUAUUUAUGCCAUUUAUGAUUUCAAGAAUCAUGGCAUAUCAAAAAUUAAAUUGGAUAGGUUAUUAAAAAAAUAAACUUUCAAACUUUCAAUAAUGAUUUUUAGAAAUGUCAAAUGUCAAAUUUUCAGAUACUUUCUUACGGUAUCAUCGCUAAAACUUUUAAGCAACUUUUGAACUUUUAAGGAAUUUUAAUUUUUGAGAGUUUUUUGCUGUAAUUCGGUUAUAAAUAACGUGGGCAUAGCCACCGUACUACAGAUUAGUCUAACGUUUUAUAUUAUACUAUUAUAGUACAAUUAGGAUUGUGUGCAUUAUCUUUGGUUUUUUCUAAUUUUAUUAUGUCAUGGAUGAUAUGCAUAAUUAGAUCGUAAAAAAAAAAAAAACAAGAUAGAUUAAUCCCAUAGACCUUGUAAGUUAUAAUAAUAAACAAGAAAUGCGUAUCGCGUAUGACUACAGGAUUACGUUGUACAGCUGUGUGAAAAUAUCACAGUGAUAUUAUAACGCGUCUUGAAACCAAGUGUAUUAAUUUUAGUUACAAAACGCUAAUUAUAACUAUCGUUUACUGUUAUUGUGCGUAUUAUCAAUGUUUAUACUAUUAUGUAAUGAAUAUUUUUUAUUCAAUAAACUUAUUUGUAAAUUUGUUAUCCUGCGGUCCUUCCUCAAUUGCACACAGUCGGCUAUCUAGCAUAAUACACCUACCAAGUUUUUAAGUGGGUACACUCAAUAUCUCGGAAAGUAUUAACUUUUUCCGAAAUUUGUCAUCUUUAUUUUCGGUAGUAUAACCACUACCUACUUUUAAUGUUCAAAUGACAACCUAUAUUAAAAAGUGCAAAAAUAGAUGGAUUGUUAAUUAAAAUACAUUUUUGAUUUUUGUCUAACUGUUGACGAGAUAUUCCACUUUUAAGUUUUGGUUGUGGGAGUGUAAUGAAGUAUCAUUUGUGUGAGGAUACGGCGCGUGGCGUGUUAAUAAUUUACCACUAUUCUCCUUUAACCCAAACUUAAAAGUAGAAUAUCUUGUUAGUGUCUUAAUAGAAAUCAAAUAUUUAUUUUAAUUAAUACUUCAUCUAUUUAUGGACUUAAAAUAAAGGUUGCCAUUUUAAAAUCAAAAGUAGAUACUGGUUUUACCUCCAAAAAUAAGGGUGAAAAAAAAACAGGUAUAUAAUUGUAGAGUAGUAUGUUACUUAAAUAUUCUAGAAAACAAAUUCUGGAAAAAGUUAAUAUUAUCUGAGAUAUUGAGUGUACCCACUUAAAUAAAUCACCUGGUAUGCAUUCCAAUAGGUAAAUAUCUCAAGUGUAUCAAUACACCUUGAAGUAUCUCUUUAUUUUAUUACUAUAUCUUAUAAAUAUAAUCUGUAUGUUCUAUGUAAUUAUUAUGGAGUUAAAACAGUUUAAAAUGGUUGGUAUCAUUUUCAUUCAUAAUCAGUUUAUUUUGUAUAUAACCCUGAUAAUAAUAUGUAUAUUUCAUUUUUUCAGAUAACAUAUUAUGAUUCAAAUACUAAUAUAUACAAUAAUAUACAGUAUUGGAUUUACUAUUAUUUUAAAUAUAUGUUUUCUUUAUUAUUUUUGUCUAAUACUAUAUCACUGAACAAAAAAUUAACUUUUAAUUUUUACAGUAACCAUUUUAAUAAGGUUUCACUGAAAUUUGCUUAGAAAAAUAUAUAAUAAUUAAUACAAAAGAAAUAAUUAUAGUAUUAUAAAAAUUCAAUUAUAUAAAACAAAACAAUAAAUAUAUCACAUAACUAACAAUAAUAAUAAUAAUAAUAAUAAUAAAUAUUCAUAUUAAAUUGAAGAAUAAAAUAAUUUAACUUGACCAACUAGGUUUUCUUUUUUCAAUGAAAGAUUGUAAUCCUUCUUUGCAAUCGUCAAGUUCCAGAUUUUUCAGCAUUAUUUUUUCCCCAUUUCUGAAAUUAAUGUAAAUACAUUUUUUUUUUUUUUUAAAUAUUGAUUGUUAGUUAUUGUACUUUUUACUAGAACAAUUUUUUCCUUUUUUAAUAUUUACUUGUAAGCUGAUUUAAUAUUAUCAUCUAUUUGUUUAUAAAAAAAUUGCUUUCCUAAAGUAAUUACAUCGCGACUUUUUUGACCAAUCAUUGAAGUUAAUUUGGUAAUUUCAUCGUCUUAAAAAUAGUGUAAUAAUAAAAUUAAGCUAAAUUUGUUUAAACUUUAUGAUAAACUUACCUAAUUUUUCGGGUUGAACAACCUUACUAACAAGGCCCGUUCUAAGAGCUUCUUCGGCAUUAAUGGAUAUUCCAGUAAAUAACAUAUAAGAAACUGUUUUUUUUGACAUGACUCUACUCAAAGGAAUUCCUGGAGUAGAGCAAAACAAACCGAGAUUUACACUAAAAGUA